AUGUGGGAGAGUGAUCACGCAUCUGCUUUGGAGCUACGACAUAAGACAUUCCAAUCAUGGACUCUAUGUGCCAAGCAAGCAACCGCGCCUGAGCAGACGAUAACAAUGCUUGAGCCUCAUGACCAGACAAAAGAUUGUCCGAUCUUUACAAAGAAGACGCCACAUCGGUCUAUGAUCCUGCCACUACCAAAGCCUUUCAACCUCAUACAUUCUCUUUGUCCGCGCAAGAAUAUGGCAAUAGGACAAUGCUCUUCACCACCGCCUGCCUCAACAAGAUAUAAUGCCCUUCAUCAUCAACCCAAAUCCCUUCCUCUCUCCAUCAGCUUCUCAACCCUGCUAGACCAACGAUACCUGCAACCCCCAGCAGGUCUCGAUCCCACCACCCCCAACCACUCUAGCAAGCAACCUACAUCUCCCGUCCACCGAUCGCUGGUUCGAUCAGUUCCCGACACCAAGAUGUGCUACACCCAAACCCCCUACCACACCGUCUGCGGACACUACGGCAAACCCACCUUCACCGGUGGCUCGCCCUGCAUCCGAGCCCAGACAACCAAGGGUUACACCAAAGGUUGCGAAUCCACGCAGAACCAUGUGCAGAGCACUGCUUCUCGCUGUAUCGCUUGUACGAGGGAGAAGGCGAAUCUUCUCUUACCGCUUUCUCUUUCUAGGAACGAUUCCUCUUCUUCUCUCUCCUCCAUGGCCUCCGCUGCUUCGGCUUCUAGUUCUGUUUCUGCUGCGACUUUGAGAAGUCUGAAGCAGGAGACCGGGAGUUGCGGCAGUUGGGGUUUCAAGGGAGGCGAGUUCUUCGAGCCGAGUUCCCUGCAUUGGAGAGGUCAUGUUGGCACUGCUGAUCAACGUAAGACUGACAAUGGCAGUAGUAUGUAUGCUGUCCAACCUAAAGUCUUGCUUGGAGUAAUGGCAUGGCAUGGCAUGGCAUGGUAUGGGAGAAGGUAA